GCAGCCCAGGCGGAAGGAGCCUUUUGCUGAGUCCCAGGGAAGGGAGGCUUGGCUUGCAAGCUUUCCUGCUGGGGUGCAUGGGGGCAAAGGGGCUGGCAUGGCCGGAGCCGGCUCCUGGGCGCCCCCGCAGCUGCAAGACUUCAUCCUAACCGAAAGGCUGGGCAGUGGCACCUAUGCCACUGUCUUCAAAGCCUACAGGAAGAGGAAUGCCCGGGAGGUUGUAGCUAUUAAAUGUGUGAACAAAAAGAGUUUGAACAAGGCGUCGGUGGAAAAUCUGUUGACAGAGAUUGAGAUCCUCAAGACUAUCCGCCAUCCUCACAUCGUGGAACUGAAGGACUUUCAGUGGGACAAGGAGUACAUCUACCUGAUCAUGGAGUUCUGUGCUGGAGGUGACCUGUCUCGCUUCAUCCAUUCGCGGAGGAUCCUUCCGGAGAAAGUGGCUCGCUUAUUCCUUCAGCAGCUGGCUUGUGCCUUGAAGUUCCUUCACGAUAAGAAUAUCUCCCACUUGGAUCUAAAGCCUCAGAAUAUCUUGCUAAGCUCCUUGGACAAACCUCAUCUCAAACUGGCAGAUUUUGGAUUUGCUCAGCACAUGUCCCCAAGGGAUGAGAAGCACGUCCUGAGAGGGUCGCCACUUUACAUGGCUCCAGAGAUGGUGUGCAGCCGGCAGUAUGACGCCCGAGUGGAUCUCUGGUCUGUCGGAGUGAUUCUCUAUGAGGCCUUAUUCGGACGGCCACCAUUUGCCUCCAAGUCCUUCACUGAACUGGAAGACAAGAUCCGCAGCAAUCAGCCAAUUGAGCUGCCCAGCCGUCCCCGGCUCUCGCCAGAAUGUCGAGACCUCCUGCAGUGCCUUCUGAAGAGGGAUCCCCAUCAUCGCAUCUCCUUCCAGGCUUUCUUCGCUCACCCUUUUGUAGACAUGGAGCACAUGCCCAGUGAAGAGAGCUUGGGCAAAGCAACCUCUCUCGUAAUGGAAGCUGUGAAGAAGGACCAAGAAGGAGAUGUCGCAGCCGCCCUUUCUCUGUAUUCCAAGGCCCUGGAGUACUUUGUCCCUGCCUUGCUCUAUGAAACCGAUGUCCGCAGGAAGGAAGCAAUCAGAUCCAAGGUGAGUCAGUACAUCUCACGAGCGGAGCAGCUCAAGGUGUUAGUUGCCUCCAACAAUAAAGCCCUCCUGCAGCAGGGCUGUCCAGCCAGGGACAUCCUGAAAGAGAUGUCCAAGGAUAAGCCACGUCUUUAUGCUGCUCUGGAGGUAGCAUCUGCUGCUGUAGCUAAGGAGGAAGAAGGCAGAGAUGACGACGAAACUCUUGAGCUGUAUCAGCAGAGCUUGGGUGAACUGCUGCUCAUGUUAGCUGCUGAACCUGCAGGGAGAAGACGGGAGUUGUUGCAUGCAGAGAUCCAGAUGCUGAUGGGCCGAGCAGAAUACCUAAAAGAACAGAUAAAGAUGAAGGAGUCCCAACAGGAGGCCGAAACCAUAGGCAAAGAGGGAAUGUCGGAUUCUGUGAGAAGCUCAUGCACUCUGCAGUAACCUGAAUGCCGGGAUAAAGGCCAGUGGAUUCAAUACCUCGACGUCAACUGAGCAGCGGACGGACCACUUUUAUCUAGAAACUGUUUACACAGCUUGGACUCAUGUCUGUUGGAACAGAAUUAUGUUUGGGCACUAAAGAGACACACAGACACAAACACGGAGCAAAUUUUAUUCCGGAAUGAGUUAUUGUAUAAGCUAUCGGUGUUUGUAGAAUGUAAUUUAUUUAUAUAUGAUGUUCUGUAAAAAUGCAAUUUUGUUGGGCAGCACUAAACGACAUUCGAGGCAUUUAAAAGCACUUAAUAUACAACAGAGAUGGGGAAUGUGCAGCCCUCUGGGUGUUGCUGAACUGCAACUCCCAGCAGCCCUGUUCAGCAUAGCCAGCGGUGAAGAAUGCUGGGCUUUGUGGUCCAACAAUAGCUGGAGGGCUGCAUGCUUCUCAUUGCUGAUACCCGGGGAUUAAACUCAGGGUAGCCACCCUUUCAGGAGAUGUAUAGUAUAAAGCUGAGAAAGGGCUUUAGGCAUUUGAUAAUCCCAAGCGGGUCUUUUGAACAAUAGGAAAUUGGGUAAAUUGUAGAGAUUCUGAUGCUAAGAGCAGAGAGAGGGAUUCAUGGAAAGUACAUGAAUGGCUUCAUUGACUGGACAGCUUGUGGCCUUCCUGAUAGUAUGGGAUUGCAGCUUCCAUCUGCCUUCUCCAUUCUCCAGCUAGACUGUUAGGAGUUGCAGUCCAGCAAAAGCUAGAGGAUCAGAAGUCGAUCAUGGCCACUCAAAUCACUGCACUACACCACCUCUUUGUUGAAACAUACAGUGGUACUUUAAAGAUUUCCCUGCCACCAGAUCUAGUAGCAUGAAAUGGCUGGUUGUGUGGCUCCAGCACGCUCUAGUUAGCAACUCUAGACAAGCGCAAUACUGACUUUGAGGUCAUUCAGACAUUGUUUUUGUCAGCGCCCCUGCAAACUUAAUCGGAUGCAUUUGGAAAUGCAUGUGAACAACAAAGAUUCAACCUAGAAUCUACCUGGAUUAUUUUCACCAUCUGAAUAACCCCAUAGGGUUGCCAAUGAAAGCUUUGCUUGAGCCAGCGCAUAGGUUAGAGUGGUGAUAGUCAACUGAUAGCAGUUAGGGAACCACAUUUGCUCCUUAGAAGACCUCAGAGAGCUAACUGCUCACACAAAAAAAUAUUUUUUACCCAAAAUCUAGGAGACGAGGGGAACAAUUUUACCAUGUUUUGGGACUCCCCUGGGUCAUUAUUGAUCCAAGAGAGGCCUUUUAUUUUACAAUAGGCAGUGAACCUUUUAGAAGAAAGGUUUCUGGUAGGCUUUAAAAAAUUGAGGGGCAAGAAUCCCCCUCCUCAAAAAAUUCCUUUGAAAUGCCCUCUAGGUGGUAUAGGGGGCAAUUUUGCCAUGUUUGAGGCUCAUACAGGCCAUUAUAUGUUCAGGAAAGAUCGUUUUAUUUUACAAUGGGAGAUUAAACAGUAGUUGACUUUUGGUUAAUUUCCUCUUAGGCAAAAGUGUCUCCACUGGUCUUUACAAUGGACUUUAUCACAUAGCUAAGUGCCCAAAUCCUGUGCAGAAACGGGAUUUGAAUCACGGGGAAAUCACGCAAAAGCGGGAUCAUUUUUAGACACAUUGGGGGCACUGAGUAUUAAUGUGCCAUUAAUCCACCCAGAAAGUGGGCAAAAUCACACUGCUUUUUACUUUCGGGAAUUUUACUUUUGGGAUUAAUGUCACGUUAAUGCUCUAUGCCCCCUACAUCAUCUGAAAACGAUCCUACUUUUGCAGGAUUUUCCCAGAUUUAAAUCCCAUUUCUUCACAGGAUUUAACUGAUUCCCUCCCAUGUGAUAAACUCCAAUGUUUGGAGCCUUAAACCAGUAGCCAGUUUGCCACCCAUGUUUUCUAGAGGGCAUUUGAGGACCCAUUCUUUUAGACCCAGGAAGCACAUGGGUGCGCUUUCCCCACCUCUGGGCUGGACAGUGGUUCUUGAACUUCAUUCCAUCAGAUGUUGUGAAUGUCAACACCCCCAAAUCCCAACUGGCAUGGCCAGUAGUCAGAGAAAUCCAAAACAUUUGCAGGAGAGUCACUGGGGUUGAGAACCACUGAGCUACCGCCCAAAAGGAGAAUGUGCAUCCCUUCAAAUUUGUUGGAUUGCUACUCCCAUCAUCCUUACCCAGGAUGAGGAAGGGAGCUGUAGUCCAUAAUCUCCAACACAUCACUCGCCCUGAUCUAUUACCGGUUGAGUCUCCAUUAAGUUGAAAUACUUGGGGCUAGAGGUAUUUUGGAUUUUGGAGUUUUAUUGUUGUUGUUGUUGUUGUUUUAUUUUGGAAUAUUUGCAUAUAAAUCAUAAGAGAUCUUAGAGAUGGCA